GAUCUAUGGAUCGAUGGAUUGAUCGAUCGGCAUCGGAACAUCGUCAAUGAGGAGAGUCGACAUUAAUCCAGCCUCGUACCCAAGAUUUUGGUUACAUCAGCCUUCAACAAUCGUGCAAUCGGGGAAAGAAAAACUGAAUGGUUUUCCUCACGUUUCCCAAGCUUUCCUUGCUCUCGGCGACCCUCACGCCAUCGAAAGUACGCCCGAUUGCGUGCUACCCUGCAUUUCCGAACUCGUCGACGUCAUGGUUAAGCUAUUGUGUUGCCGGUUGCUCGAAUCACUCCAUUGUGUAAUGAUAGUUGGACGGAUCCCAUGCACGGUCACUCCAUGCUGCCGCGCCAGCCGCCGAAACGAGAUCGAUCAGAGUUGGUUUGAGCUGGGAGGAGGAGGAGCCCCAUCACGACCCGGAUGUAGCUCGUGAGGAAGCACAUCAGGUGCCACGCAGGGGUGGCUUCUGAGAGUUUCUGAGGGUCGUGCUGGGCUCGUCCCUUUCUGGUUUGUUUGUUGGAGAGUUUUUGUGGACUGUAUUGUGAUUAUUUAGGUGUCUUUUUUGUACUAUUUCAAGUUGAUCUGUUGGGAAAAGGGUAUAAGCUCGUGGGGUCCCUGGGCGGGAGGUGCUGUCUUGAAUUUCCGGUCAAGGUCUCCCAACUUCUACCCAACAGUUCCAGGGUUUGUGUGUGUCGUUGCAAUCGGAGGAGAUAUUGCUGCCGAUUUCAGGGUUGGACCAUUAGUAUUUGGUUUUGCGAUCUCUGGGCGAUGUGUAGUCAAAUCACUUGCUGAACAGCUUGCACAUGCUUGCCAAAACUCACGAAACGCCUUCGGUAUCAACAGAAUGGAUGCCAUUGGGCAUGGUUUCUUGCUGCUUCCCCACACCUCACUCCUAAGAUCCAAGCAACCGAACACGUUACGAAAAUUCGCCGAAUUUAACUACCCGCCUCUCCCCGGAUUGUCAAAUAGAAGAACUGUUCCAAAAUGCCCUAAAAGACUCCAAAUGACUCUUGGGAUGGCGAAUUUUUCUUCAAUUGACAUACCACGCAAAGGUAAGUCUAACAAUGAAACAAGAACAUUAAAGGACUCUUUCGGAAAGCCCAAGCUGCAGCGGGGUGCAUCGCAUGAAGGAAAGGACCUCACAGAAGCGCCCGCAGACUCUUCCAAACAUUCUCGUGAUGCUCCUGUGGUUACAUUGGACAAGAGCGCCACCGUUGGUCCAGGAAUGCAUCACAAAAAGACCAGUUUAAGUUGGAGUGGGAAGCACAGCGGACAAUUGGUGUGGAAGGAGCUUCAAGAACUCGUUAAGCGAGAUACAGGGCCACCAUCGUGGUAUUGUUACGAGGAUGCUGGUAGUCGACCAGAGAAUGCUCCUCUAUUUUUCUGCCUUCCAGAUAUCAUUUCCAAUGGCUUGAGCUUGGCACUACACCAAGAGAAGCUUGCACGGUUGUUCGAGGUGCGGCGAUUGCAUGUUCCAGUCACGGACGAAUCCUCAAAUGAAGACUUGAUUUCGAUAAUUGAAGGAGCCGUGAGAGAGGAGUCGUCACUUCGAAAGGAUAGACCCAUAUAUCUUAUGGGUGAAGGAUAUGGCGCUCUUCUCGCCAUUUCCGUUGCGGCUCGCAAUCCAGAGAUCGACUUGGUAUUAGUUCUUGUAGACCCCGCGACUUGGUGCGACAAGAGUAGUAUCCUGCCUCCAGGUGUAGACGUGCUGGAUGCGGCUCCUGGUCCUGUUUCAUCGUCGAUUCCGUUUCUUUUCUCAAUGAGCAUUGGUGAUCCUCUCACCAUUGUAAAGGCCAUAGUGGAUCCCUCUCUUCCACGAUUAGAGAAAUCACAGCAAUUUAUGGUGGCUUUGCGAGACGUGCUUCAAGUUAUUGCUACUGCUUCUGUAGUUUUGUCGAGAGAUGUAGCCCGGCGGAAGGUGAAUCAGUUGCAGAUGGCUGCGCAUAAAGCUGUAUUUGAUAUGAAGAAUGUCAAGGCUGAUGUGUUUGUGCUGUACAGUGGAAAACCACAGAAUCAAAAUGAGGCAGAGAGAUUGCGGCAAUCUAUACCCUCUGGUACGGGUCGAAUCUUCAAAGACCGCCGUGGUGCCCUACUUCUGGAAGAUGGCAUUGAGCUAGCGAGUUUGAUCAAAGCCACUCACAUGUACAGGCGCGCUAAAUUACGCAACAUUGUCACAGACUACGUACCCCCUACCGACGAGGAGAAAGAGUGCUUUCGGAAGGCUCACCUGAACCUAAUGAAGCAACUAUUCAGUCCCGUGUAUUUCCACGCAAAGGGAGAUGGGUCAGUGAAAAGAGGCUUGCCUAAGCUCACCAAAGAAAGGCCGAUCCUUCUUGUCUGCAAUCACACAUUCGUGGGAUUCGAUUUAGGGGUUAUAAUAGGAUCUUUCAUGGACGAUCAGGACGUGUUUAUUCGCGCUCUAGCACAUCCACUCUUGACAAUUGACCAACCUGGAGAAUUGAUGGUGGAUUCUUCACUGCCGGAUUUGGCGCGCUUGCUCGGCUCUGUUCCUGUAUCCGGGAGCAAUCUUUACAAGUUGUUGGCUGCCAAGGAGACAGUCUUUCUUCUCCCAGGUGGCAUGAGGGAAGCUGUCAAGCGGAGGGGAGAGUCCUACAAGUUGAUUUGGCCAGCCAAACCAGAGUUUGUGAGAACUGCCAUCCGGCAUGGUGCUGUAAUUAUACCCAUGGCUGCUGUAGGCGGUGAUGAGUUUAUCAAGAUAAUCGCGGAUCAGCAUCAGAUUUUAAAUUUACCUGUAAUUGGAGAUCAACUUCAGCGCAUGGGUGACCAAAUGCCUCGUGCCAGAUCACCGAAAGAGGGAGUACCAGAGGAAGGGCACAUGUUGGGCACCGUUGGCAUUCCAACGCCUCCCCCUCGAAUGUACUUCAUAUAUCAGAAGCCAAUUUACACACACGAGCUGCGUGACUCCUUGAACGACAAAGAAACCGUGUCGGCGCUGUAUCAGCAAGUCAAGUCGGAGAUUGAGACAGGUAUCUCCUAUCUAUUGAAGAAGAGGGAGGAAGACCCUUAUCAAUACUUUGUUCCCAGGGUUCUGUACGAGAAGUCUUGGGAUAAGCAAGCGCCAACGUUCAAACCAUAGCUGGGGACUCACCUCGUAAGCCAAUUAAUUCCCCAUCAUGUGGGGAAUUCUACAGAACAAGAUCUAGUUCAGGAAUUAUUGUUUGAAUUCCAGAACCCUAGUUUCUAAAUUAUGCAUUUGUCACAUGAGAUUUGAUAAGUGGCAAUUAUGGAUCAACUUGACAGAAAUCAAUGGCCAAUAUUUUUUUAAGGGUUA